AUGACCACAACAGAGAACCAUCACAUGCUGCCAAAAAAUAUAACACCAUUUCACUAUGACUUAACUUUUACUGUGGACAUGGAGGAAUUUAAGUUUAGCGGGAAAGAAGUUAUCAAGUUGGAUGUUAACGAAAAAACAAACUCGGUUAAACUUCACGCUAAUAAACUUGAAAUAAUUUCCGCAAAAAUUGUUUAUUUGGUUGAAAAGCUAGAGUCAAGUCAAAGUACCAGAGGAUACGAGAUAGUUACCGAAGAUGCCAUCGAAAUAAAAUUUCUCGAAGAUGAGAUGGUGAUAAUGACCUUUCCGGUCCUUAUUCCUGCAAAAUCUAAAGCUGAAUUACACCUAGAGUAUAAUGGAGAAUUAAAUGAUGAUAUGGUCGGAUUUUAUAGAAGUUCUUAUAAAGACGAUACUGGAGUCACCAAAUAUUUAGCAACAACGCAAUUUGAAGCAACUGAUGCGCGUAGGGCCUUUCCAUGCUGGGACGAGCCAUCGAUAAAGGCUACGUUCGAUAUCACACUGAUUGUACCUUCUAAUCUGAUCGCAUUAAGCAACAUGAAUGUUGUCUCUGAGAUAGCAUACGAGAGUAACAAAAAAAAAGUAAUAUUCGCGACUACGCCUAAAAUGAGCACUUAUCUUGUGGCAUUUGUUGCUGGAGAGCUUGGAUAUAUUGAGGAAGAAACUUUCGACAUUGAUGACAAUGGAAAGGCAGGAAAGAUCAGGGUGUAUGCAGUAAAUGGCAACGAAAUAAAUGGAGCAUUUGCCCUGGAGGUGACAAAGAAGUCUUUAAAGUAUUAUACCGAAAUUUUCGGCAUGCCAUAUCCUCUGCCGAAGUGUGAUUUGGUUGCCAUUCCAGAUACCGGAACCGGUGCCAUGGAAAAUUGGGGUCUUAUAACUUUUAAUACAACACAACUUUUGUUUGAUCCAAAUGCUUCGGAUUCCAAAUGUAAACAGGACGUAGCCGUUACUGUGGCUCAUGAGUUGGCACACCAGUGGUUUGGAAAUAUUGUAACCAUGAAAUGGUGGGAUGAUCUUUGGCUCAACGAAGGAUUUGCUUCGUGGCUCGAAUAUUUUGCUGUUGCAAAGUUCUUUCCCGACUGGGAUAUUUGGACCCAAUUUGUUAUAGAGGCACUUGAACAAGGGUUAGAACUUGAUGCAUUAGAAAAUUCCUCACAUCCAAUUCAAGUGCCUGUUGAAAAUUCAAAUCAAAUUAAUCAGAUCUUUGAUAGCAUAAGCUAUUCAAAGGGAGCAUCUGUGAUACGCAUGUUAAGUAAUUCCUAUCUCGGAGAAAGCGUGUUUUUGUCGGGUGUAAGGAAAUAUCUUAAUAAGCAUAUAUACGGCAACGCAACCACUGAUGAUUUAUGGGAUGCAUUGUCCGAAACAAGCGGAAAAGAUGUUAGAGGAUUUAUGUCAAAUUGGACUACAAAAGUUGGAUAUCCAGUGUUGACUAUUGAAGAAUCCACCUCAGAUUCCGCCGACACUUCGAUAACAUUAAAAAUUCAUCAAUCGCGUUGCUUGUCCAUAAAGCCCAACGAAGAAACGGACAAGACUAUCUGGCAAGUUCCGCUUGAAAUCAAAGUUGGCACAAAGUUUCAAACUCGUUUUAUGAUUGUUCUUGACACAAGAGAGACAACGUUGAAACUUCCGAGAGUCGAAUCAGUUUCACACAAUGAUGAUUUUUAUCUUCUCAAUCCCGGAAAGAUAGGUGUUUUUAGAUUAAAUUACUCACCAGAACGAUUAAAGAAGCUUGGGAAAGCUGUUGAAAAUAAUUUUCUUGAUGUGAUUGAUUGUACCGGACUAAUAGCUGAUUCCGGAGCACUGGCAACAAGUGGAUAUAUUGAGACCAGUACUGUGUUAGAUCUUAUUAGUAAAUUUGAAAAUGAAGAAAAUUAUACCGUUUGGAGGCAGAUAAAUUCUUUCUUAUCAGAAUUGCUUAAUAUAUUUUAUGAAGAUAAAUAUGAUAAAGUGUACCAGGGCCUUUUGUCAUUCCAACGUAAACUUAUAUCAAAAUUAGUAGAAGGCGUGAGUUUGGCAUUUCUUGGGACUGAAAGUUAUUUGGAAACUAUGCAGAAGAAAUUGGCUAUCAAAAUGGCCGGCAAAGCAGGAGAAGACAGAAUCGUGGAAGAAGCGUUCCGUCGUUUUGAAAUUUUUACUUCAAACCAUGACGAUUCAAUUUUAAAUGCGAAUAUUCGUGGUUCUGUCUAUGAGAUGGUGUUGACUUAUGCAAAUACAAAAAAAAACACAAGCAAAAUGAAAGAAAAGGACAUAUUUCGAUCUAUUCAGAAUAUUUACGAAAAUGCCAAAACUGCCGACCAAAAAGUUGUAGCAUUUAAGGGUCUUUUCUUUGUUCAAGACGCGGUCCUGAUCCAAGACGUAAUGAAAUUUGCAAUAUCCGAAGAAGUUAAACCUCAAGACCUAGAUUAUGCAUUUUAUGGGCUUCAGGCUAACAGAAAAGCACGAAGGGAGUUAUGGAACUUUUUUAAAAGUAAUUGGAACUUGGCAAGUACAUUAAUCAUUUAUGAUCGGUACAAAGAUUUGCAUACUAUCUUUGGAAAUCUAGUCAAAGGUGCUACCGAUGCGUUCACGUCCGAAGAAGAUGCCAAAGAAAUCGAAAGAUUCUUUAGUGACAAGAGUACUGAUGAAAUUAAGAGUCCAUUGAUGCAGAGUUUAGAAAGAAUUCGAACCAAUGCCAAUUGGUUAGAUCGUGCCAAGGAAGAUGAAACCAAAACAGGCGGGGAGAUCGUUCAUGAGGCGCUCGACGUAUUGGAUGAUCUAGGGGUGAAAGAGAAACUAGAAAGGAAGUUAACCGAACAUGAUGACGACACAACGGAAGAAAAGGCUCAAAAUACCACCAGAAUUACGAUAGUGAUUAAUCGAUUGGACAUAUUGAUUACCGUUGGACUUUAUUACACCUCCCUUAUCAUGGACUGGUUAACGAUUCUUGGAGAUUCCACCUCAUUUGGAGAUUUUCUCGUUGAUCUAUUCUUUAGGUCCUUUGUAGUAAGUCAAUGGAAUUUUGGUCAAUUGGAUGUGGUGGGGAAAAUUUCUGGAAUGACUAGCACUUUGCAAACGGGAAUUUUCAUGACUUCAUUGGCAAUGGUUUCGGUUGCAAAAAUUACCAAAACGGAGAAACCUUCGUACUUUAGUGGCCCAUUAUAUUUUGGAGGACCAUUUCAAAUUUUUCACUUACUUAGUACCAAAGCAUCCACCUAUAGCGAAUCUCUUCAGAGCUUAGAUGCUCAGAUAUCCCAAACCAUUGGUGUCCUCAGUCAAUUGUUGAUCAUCAUUGCUGCAUCGAUUGCAUCUCCGGAUGUCACCUCUUCAUACAAUUCUAAUGUUGUAGAUAAUAAUAGUGAAAACAUCACAAUUCCAAUCGAUAGUUCUGCUAACGUGACUCUUCGUAUCAGGGAUACAGCUUUGUUUGUAUCGACCGCUCACUUUGUCUCGGUAGCGGCAAUAAUAAUGUCCUCGAUGCUGAACAUUAUCCAGUACAUGGCAGAUAUUUGGCGUGUGAAUAGCGAUGACAUACUAGUCUACUACGUAUUCAAAGGACUUGUCAAGAUAAUUACGUGUAAUGGUUGUUGCGGGGGAAAGAAUGCCAUCGGUGUCGAUACUACUUCUACCCGCAGUACUCCAAAAAGACCCACUCUGACGUCUUCCAAUAUCCCGGGGUUUGACCCAUUUAAACCACCGGAAAUAGUAGUCGAAAAGCAAGAUCAAAACCCAGCGAUUUCGCGUCUCCAUCGUAACAUUGAGACAUCGGGUGUCGGUGUGUUAAGAAAGCCAAGCAUAAGAAGCAGAAGUCCUAGCCCCGCCAACAGAAGAUCCAAGAGGAGGGAUACAUUGAGUGUCGAUGACACACAAUGA